AUGAAUAAAGAGCUGCAUUCGCUCGUAUCCAAAUACAAGAUUGCAUGUCUACAACUAGAGGAAAUACAUGCGAAAAUCGAAACGGUGAAUUCGUCAGAGCAAGCCAUCGCGAACCAUUUGUCUGCCUCGACAUCCACAUCCACAUCGACACAAUCCUCCAGCCAGACUCCUAAAGACACAGACGAGAAGCUCAAUCAAAUCAUCAGCAAACUCAAACUGGAUGUCGACGCUGUGCUCUCCAAACGACUCGCCGAGACAAAAUCCACCAAAUCCGCCGUGCAAUCCUACAUUGACAAUACAGUGUGGUCUCUAUUUUCGAGAACAGAGCUACAGAACGACACGCUACUAUUCAACAAUGAUCAAAAGAGAAUUGACGACAAAAAGUGCCUCCACAAGCUGAUAUCCACCCUGUUUGCAUUGGAUCAGGAACAGGUUGAAAACGAGGAAUACAAGGCUCAGUUGCACGGCUGGAUGAUCCACAUCGUCACCAUCUAUCUGCGACUGGGAAGCAAGAUGGAAAAGCACAAGAUACUGGCCCUGUUAAGCACCACCUCCAACAUUGCAUCGUGGGCCAUGCCACUGAUACACAUCCAAGCAGACAAAAUGAGUCAAGCCGACGACUUUCUGGAUACAGUAGACGCUAUUUUUAUACAACCCAAGACAUGGACAUGGACCGAAGAUGACUUUCUUGCGGUCUUGGAUCAGCUGGCCAUCGAUUUUAAUUACAAUAAACUGGUGGAUUCGGUGGACCCAGAUCAACAAGUGUCGCUUGAGACCGUCUUGAAGUUUAGUCAAGAUUUAAUAAAUAAAUUAAUGCAAGCCAUACAUCGUUCAGGAGAAGCCAUGAACAGCCUAGUAAAGAGAUUGGCUCAGACAGUCAUUCAGAUAUCCAUAUCACUCAUUGAUGCAAUCAUCGAGAAAGGAUGGGAAUGUCAAGAUCAAGUGGACGCUUUUAUGAGUCAACUGAUAUUCGGGUUCUACGACCUAAAAGAGACCGGAGGCUGGUUCUUUCUGCCCAAUAUACCCUUCAAGGCCUUGUCAAUCGACGCAUUAUGGCUUGUUACCGUACGCAUGCUGCAGCUUAAAGACGCUUCUAUUCCACCUGGCUCUCUCAACGAAGUGCUGGGUGACCAUUUACCCAACAUUACUCGUUUCCAGUACCAACUCCACGAUAACCAGAUGCAAGGCUACUUUAUGCUCAACUGCCUAACCAACAUGGCUGCCUGUAUCCCCUCUGGCGUAGACGAAACCAGUGCCAUCAAUGAUCCCAAAAGCACAGUUUCUGCCUGUAUUGUCACUGUGAUAUCCUACACCCUAUUCACUGUAGCAUUUGUCGACAAAGACUUGCGAGAAGACUUUUACAAGGAUGUGCGUGAUAGCUUUGGCGCCAUUUGCAGGUGCCAUCCGUUCGUCAUCUCACUGCUGUUUCGUUGGACAGCAGAACACAUGGCCAUCAUGGAGCGCAUGGCCUUGUAUCUAUUCCACUCGCUGAAACUAGACAACUGGAAUAUACUCAAGGACGACCUGAAGUUACUGCACAAGCUCAUGUCUUGUGCCUCCAAAACCACUUCCAUGACAUCGCAGCAAAAGGCCCAGAUUCAGCUAGCAAAGUACAUUAUACAGCACCUCAAUUACGGCUACAAACACGGCAUGGUAGAUCCCAAUGUCUCUAAAUCGCAGCCAUGGCACAGUCGAAAGAUGCCGUUUCUCAGCUACGACACCCACGAAGAAAUUGCCUUUAUACUACUGGACGUAUGCCAGCAAUUCCAACCUCUGCCUGACACCACCCAUACCAAUGAGAACAAGGGUGCUAUUGAACUCGUUGGCACAGUAACAACCGCAGUGUCGACCUAUCUGCCAAUUGCUGAUCAAAUCCAACUGCUCAAAUCAACCUACGACCAUUCCACAAGCAACAACAAUCGUAGUAAUGGUAAUACAGCCAACGAUUUUAUCCACUGGGCGUGGUCAGUGGCUGCUCAACUCAAACUGUACGAUUGCCCUGUAUCGCCUCGAGCCAGCGACAUUGAAAAUUCAAUCACACUACCGUUUUUGAAGCUUGUACUCAAUAGCUAUAAUAACGUAUCUUCGUCACACAGUGCGCUCUUGGUCUACAUCUCAUUUGCGCUUUCUGCGACCAGCCGCCAUUUCUUACGUUUCGAGUCCAAUGGCGGCUGGAUGAAGCUGUUGGUCGUCUUGAAGAAAGGAAAGCCUGAAGCAGUAAUACGCAUUUUUAGUGACAUGGUGCCUUCCUUUGUUUACAUGCAUGGCGAUGAUUUCUUUAACGAUGAAAGCCUAUCUGAUUUUUUGAAGCACAUGAUCGAACUCAAGACGGAUCCAAUGUUGAUCAAAGCAGCAGCAAAGGUACACAAGACAAAUGGUGGCUCAGGGAUUGGGCUCAUGAUUGGCUCGCAUGUAUGGCAUGCGCAUCUCAUUGACUCUGUGAGCGACCUCAUGGACGACCAAGGCAAAGGCUUCUCGUACGUGGACUUGGUGCUGCAUUCAUGGCUCAAGACGGUAUUUCGGAAAGCAGACUGGAUGUGGCACAGUGGCUAUGUUCACAUUGUAGACCAUCUGUGUAAGUUUGCAUUUGUUCUGUAUCGACAUGGCAUGGUAUAUCACAUGCUCGCUGAGGAACACAAAAGAAUGGAAGCUACCAGAGUGCAGCAAUCCGCUAGUUCCCCACGCUUAACACGCUUCAUCAAGAACAUGGUAGUAUCAGAUGGCGGUCCUUAUGCUUCGUUGCUGAACGGUGAAUGGUCCAUGUUGAAACCAGCUAAAGGCCCAGGCGUGGAGCAAAACUACCACUGGUUUGCAUUUGAGGUGCUUGUAAUGGAGACUAUCAGUGAAGCCCCGUUUCGAGAAGAGCUGUGUGCUCUGGUCACCAAGCAACUGAGCACCUCUCUCGCCAAUGACCAAGAGCAGCAACAGCAACAUCAGCAACAGCAAAAGUUCUCCAUCGACUUUGCUAGCCUCUACAAACUAACAAGUCAAAAGAAGCCCAUGGACUAUUUGGUCAUCUAUCGGUGGGUGCAACACAUCAUGAUGAUGCCAGUCGACCAUCCUCUGCUCCCACUCUAUCUGCAAAUGUUUUUUAGCUUGUACUAUCUAAACAUUCAUGACGAGGUGACACUGGGCUUUGUUUGCUUUCAUAAAAAGACGGAUUGGACUACCAAACUGCGAGACUACAUUGCAAGCGUGCAGACCUACUAUGGACAGAAAAUCACUACGACGACACCCGCACUAGUAGCCAACUAUGACGAUAACUAUAGCCAAGAAGAACAAGACAACUCGGGUCAUAGAGCAGUAAAUGCCGAAGUGCUACAACAGUUUUAUUAUGCCAUGUGGCUAUGGCUUGGCAACGCAGAUCUCAGCAAUGGUCUUGUGGACACAAUACAUCAUUUACCAUCGCAUUACAAUGUCCAUAGACUCAAGUUAUGCUAUGCAAAGAAAGUAGAGCUAGAUCAACCUUGGCAUCACACUGAAGACUAUUGGAUGGACCUGGUGGAUACAGAGCAAUUAGAGCAAGACUUUUUAAACUUUCCCUGGGAGGGGUCAGAGAAAUUUAGAACAGAUGGUGAUGCUGUGACAGAUGCGCCUGCCGCUUCGUCUUCAGUGACUACGGCAGACGACUUGAUAUCUCUCUCAACCACGACGCGUCGAUUGAGACUGAUUACAGAUGAAUCUACUAUAGAGCCUCUGCCACCGCUAGUCAUUAAUACACCGUCAACAUCUACCAGUACCAGCUCUAUUAAAAAGAAAAUGGGCCUGAAAUAA